UCCCCUUCCGGGCCCGCCCCGGUGUUGGCUCUGCCGGCGCCAUCGCGGCGCGGCCGCCCCGUGCCGGGGGCUCCCGGUGCCGCCGCCUCCCGCCCGCGGCAGCGAUGCAGCGGGCUGCAGUGGCGUUUGAGGACGUGGCCAUCUACUUCUCCCCCGAGGAGUGGGUAGAGCUGGCGGCGUGGCAGCGGGAGCUGUACCAGGAGGUGAUGAUGGACAACUACGACCUGGUCGCCUGCCUGGGCUCUGUUGACGUCUCAUCCAAGCUCAUCCACAAAAUGGAGCCUGAGGAGGCGCUGUGCGGGGGGGCUCCCCCUGGUGAUGGGGACGGAGCAACUCCCGACACCGCUGGCAUUGCUGCCCGGGGCAGGACGUCUGGCGAGGACCCGCCUGGCGACGGUGACCAGGGACACUGGGUCCCACCUGCGCCGCUGGCCGGGGGUGCCGAGGAGCUGGGGUGCCCCCCUCUGUGCCCUGGCUGGUGCGAGGCAGGGACCUGGGGCUCCCCCGGGAGGAUGGGGGCGUGGGAGCGGGGCGAGUGGCCGCUGGAGCCGGUGGCGGCCGGGGGGCUCCUCAUCUGCGGCACCUGCGGGGAGAAAUUCGAGGACGCGGCCAGCCUGGGCGCACACCAGGGCGAGCACCUCGGCCCGGUGCCCACCCACGAGUGCGCAGCCUGCGGGAAGGUUUUCCAGCACCACCGCAACCUCCUGACGCACAAGAAGCACCGGGGCCGGCACCAGCACGCCUGCGCCGAGUGCGGCUGCACCUUCUGCCUGAGAGGGGACCUGCUGCGGCACCGGGCCUGCCACGCGGGCGAGGGCAGCUACCCCUGCACGCUCUGCGGCCGGCGCUUCCGCCACAAGCGGGACCUGCAGGCGCACCGCCAGGAGCACGCGGCCGCCGCGCCGCGCCAGUGCCCCGAGUGCGAGAAGCGCUUCGAGGACGAGGCCAGCCUGAGCCGGCACCGGGCCACCCACGUCGAGGAGCGGCCCUUCGUCUGCAGGCGCUGCGGCCGCAGCUUCAGCUGGAAGGAGAGCCUGAUGAUCCACCAGCGCAGCCACGCGCCCGAGCGCUCCCACAAGUGCCCCGUCUGCGGCCGCAGCUUCAGCCGCAGCGGGAACCUGCUGGUGCACCAGCGCGUGCACACGGGCGAGCGGCCCUACGCCUGCACCCAGUGCGACAAGGCCUUCUGCAACAAGGCCAACCUCAUCACGCACAAGAAGCUCCACCGGCGCUACAAGACUUUUGCCUGCGCCCAGUGCAGGCUGGGCUUCAGCUCCAAGAGCAAGCUGCUCCUGCACCUGCGGGCGCAUGGGGACAGCGGGACCUUCGGCACGGGGGGCGACCCGCCGGACGGGCGGCCGUCGCUCCGUGGUUACGUGCAGUUUGCCAGAGGCCCCCUGGGCACAGAGCAUUUGGCCAACAAAGGUGGUGGCAGCACCGGGUGCCCUGAGGAGCAGAGAGCUUCUCGAGGAGUGGUAACAUGUGGGUCCGCGUGUGUCGGAGGGGAAGUCCGGGCGUUCGCAGGGAGCAGCGCGGCUGGAGGCGGCUGUCCUGUCCCUCGGGCAGGAUUUCCUGGCGGGACCCCGAGACCCCCGGCGAUGGAGCCCGAGGAGAAGCCGUUCGUGGGGGACCCCCGGGGUGGGGGGCGCAGGGGAGUCCCUGGCCCCCGCAGUGCAGGAAAGGGCUGGGCUGGUGUGAAGCACGAGAUUGUGGUGAAAAUGGAGCCGGAGGACGAGUCGGACAUCGGGUACCCCCAGGGCCCAGGGGCGGGGGCUGCUGCCCCUGGCGUCCCCAGUGUCCCCAGCAUCCCCGGGGUCCCCAACACCAGCAUCAAAACAGAGGUCGUCAUCAAAACCGAGCCUGAGGACGACUCCUACGGUGACUGCUGCCCACGGGAGAAGGAGGAGCCCCCUGACCCCGCUGCCUGCGAUGCCAAGCCCGAAGUGAUUGUGAAGGUGGAGCCGGAGGAGGAGGCGUACAUCGGGUGUCCCCAGGGCCUGGGUGACCCAGGAGGCGCAGGUGCAGGAGAAGCGUCCCAAGGAGGAGCCAGAGGACGUGAAACCAGAGGUGGCUCUGCUGGAGAAAAGCCCGGAGGCUGCGCCCCGUGUCAGCCAGUGGAUGGUGCAGCCGGUGCGAGGCGGCGUGACCGAGCCCCGGGGCUCUGUGUGGGGACAGGCACGGCUCCUGUCCCACCAGCGAGCACCGCUGGGCACAAAGUCACGUCGGCACCUGGCACUGAGCCGGCCCGGCGGCCCCGCAGCCACGGCACCGAGCGGCCCUUCGCCUGCAGCGAGUGCGGGAAGAGCUUCCAGCACCGGGGGAACCUCAUCACCCACCUCCGCGUGCACACCGGGGAGAAGCCCUUCGCCUGCACCGUCUGCGGGAAGAGCUUCAGCCAGAAGGGCGACCUGAUGCGGCACCAGCGCAUCCACACGGGCGAGAAGCCCUUCGAGUGCACCGUCUGCGGGAAGAGCUUCUGCUCCAAGCAAACCUUCAUCCUGCACCAGCGCAUCCACACGGGCGAGAAGCCCUUCUCCUGCACCGAGUGCGGCAAGAGCUUCAACCGCAAGGCCAACUUCAUCACGCACCAGAAGAUCCACCGCGGCGAGCGGCCUUUCAUCUGCGCCGAGUGCGGCAAGGGCUUCUGCGCCAAGAAGACCUUCAUCCUACACCAGAAGAUCCACGUCGGCGACCGGCCCUUCGGCUGCAGCGAGUGCGGGAAGAGCUUCAGCCGCAACGGCGACCUGACGCGGCACCAGCGCAUCCACACGGGCGAGCGCCCCUUCGCCUGCGCCGACUGCGGCAAGUGCUUCAGCCACAACGGCGAGCUGAUCAAGCACCAGCGCAUCCACACGGGCGAGAAGCCCUUCACCUGCACCGAGUGCGGCAAGAGCUUCAACCGCAAGGGCACGCUCAUCACCCACCAGCGCAUCCACACCGGCGAGCGCCCCUUCGUCUGCCCCGAGUGCGGCAAGACCUUCAACCUCAAGACCACGCUGAUGAAGCACAAGCGCAUCCACACGGGCGAGCGUCCCUUCACCUGCCUGGAGUGCGGGAAGAGCUUCAAGUACAAGGGCAACCUGCGGACGCACCACCUCACCCACACGGUAGAGCGGGUCUACCCCUGCACCGAGUGUGGCAAGAUCUUCAGCCACAAGAAGGAGCUGACCGUGCACCAGGGCACGCACACGGAGGAGCGGCUCCUGUCCUGCUACCGGGACGGGGAGUCCUUCAGCCCCUUCCUCCCCGUGCACCCGCUGCUCAUGUCCUGCACCCAGCUCCAGGUGCCGCUGGAGGCCCUGUCCAAGUACAAGUAG